AUGCAGAUGAUCUCACUAUCUCAACAAGAACAUUCUUAUUAUUAUUUCGUCAUUGAGUUUAUAUUACAAUUUUUUACAAAACUAUUUAAUAAAACAAUUCAUCUUAGUUAUACAUUUUUAUUUAUUAAAUAUCAAUUUGAUACGUCCAAAACAUUAUUUACUACUGUAUCGUCGAAUACUACCACUACUACUACUACUCCUACUCCUACUGCGGCUACUACUAAUAGUAAUCCCAAUAAUACGCCCCAAUCAUCAUCUGUACAUCAACAUACAACAAUAAUUCCACGACCAUUUGUACCAGAUCCUGGAUUAAGUGUAUUUACAGCGGUACAUUUAUUAAUAUUAAUGCUAUGUUUCAUUACAAUACCAUCGUCAUCAUCAUCCCAUAAUCAUCCAUAUUCUUCGUGUCAGGAUAAUACAAACGGUAAAAAUAAUCAAUAUCAUUCUUCUUCUGUGCCUUCUUCACCUUCUAAUGAUCAUUAUUAUUAUUAUUACUAUUAUUACAAUGAUGAUUGUCAAUGUUGUCAACCGAAUACACCGAAACAACACUCCAAUUCAUUGUCAUCCUCUUCAUGUCCUACUUCAAAUAAUAUGAAUACAUGGAUGACUAAUAAUAAUAAUAAUAAUAAUAAUAAUAAUAAUAAUUGGUGGUUACCGGAUGAUUUAAAUUGUAAAAUUAUACCAACAUUAGGUUUAUUUUAUUUAGAUAAAAAUGAAGAGAAUGCAACAAUGAAUAACAUGUCCACAUCGGCGUCAUCGGCGUCGCCGUCGUCAUCGAUUUUCGUGUUGUACAAUUCCACCAAUGAUUUAAUGCAUUAUUUAACGGCGGCAUCAACUACAACAACAGCAAAUAAUAAUCAUUGUCGAAUGAAUGUAUUAUAUCGUUGUAUUGAAUAUUUCACAUGUGAAUUAACACGUCUAUUAUUAUGGCUUGAACAAGGUAAACCAGCUGGUUUAAAAAUCAAUUUACAUUUAGCUUAUUUAAUGGGACAAUUUUUCUUAUAUCAUUUAUUAGCAUGGCGUUCAUAUGUUACAUUUAUUAUAUCAUUAUUAAUUUAUACAAUAAAACAAUUUAUUGAACAUUGGACAAUCAUUGACGAGACAUUGAAUAAUGAUUAUAUUUUAAUGAAUACUAUGACAAUGUUAUGUUUAUUAAUGAGUACAAUUUAUUUAAUGACGGCGACAACAAGUAUGACAAUGACAAGUGGCUGUACUAGUAGUACAUCAUCAAUGUGUACAUUGAUACAACCCAACACUUUUACUGAUUGCCGCCGUAAUAUUUGUUUAUUUAAAAUACUGAUAAUAUAUUUUUCAACAAUUCUACGUUUAAUGCUUGGAUUAUUUAUAUGUUUAAUAUUGGAUAGUAUAGAAUUGAUUACGCUGCAUUUAACAAGUUUUUAUAUUUAUGCUAUACAUUUAAUUCGUUUACAAUUAAAAACAAUCGCCGCUUCAUGGCGUCUAUGUCGUAACAGUUCCAAAUGGAAUCCAUUACGUAAUCGUGUCGAUAAAAUACCCGAUAUGUAUAUUGAUUCAAGUGAAUUUUUCUUAUCGGUUAGUUCAUUGCAAAAGAAAAUCUCAUCAACAGCAUCAUCGUCAACAUCAUCCCCAUCAUCGCAAACAUUCUUCUCGUCGUCGACAGCAGCAGCUGCUGCUGAUCAUCAUCAACAACAACAACAGCAAUUGACAGUUCUCUCCACCGACGAAAACCAUCCUCACGAUCACCUUCAACAACAACAACCGCCAAACAAGUCAUACCACCACCACAACCACCGCCAUCAUCAUGGACACACACGUACACCAUCGUAUAAGUUUAUUUCCAAUAAAAAAGAUUCUAAUAUUAUUUUAUGUGAUCAAUUAACUAGACAAACGUGUGGAUUAUAUUUAGAUCGUUUAUUAGUGUCAACUUUAUUAGGUCUUGCUAUUGGAUUAUGCUUGCUGACUACAACAAUAGCAUUUUAUGUAACAUUUGCAUCGGUUCAAUUAAUUUUAUUACUGAUUAAAAAUAUGUUAAAAAAUUUAAUCUGGUUUAUUAUGGACUUUCCAUUGGAAUCUUUAAUAUGCUGGUUAUUCAAUAGUUCAGAUUAUCAAACUAAAUUAAUUUUAGAAGCGCCAAAAAUGAAUUCAAAAUAUUUUUCAUUUAUACAAUUAAAAGUAACUAGAAUUGAUUUCAAUGAAAUGUAUCAACAGAAUCAUAUUUUACAUAAACCAAUAUUCCCUAUUAAAUGUUUAUCAAUACGUGAAUUAUUCUAUCGUCUUUUAUCUGCACAAGAUAUUCGUUGAGAAUUAGUUAUAUGAUGAUGAUGAUGAUUAUUAUUAUCAACUUUUCUUUUCCACAAGAUCAGAUCCUACAUCCAAUUACGCUCAAUCCUCCUCUCCCCUAUCUAUUGCCCUGGGGCUUGGGGAUGAUUGACAGUAGCUGUAGUAGUAGUAGUGGAGGCGGAGCUCUAAGCGGAGGUUUUUAUUUUUCAUUUUGAGUCAAUUAAAAACGAAAAAAAAUUACAUUGAACAACACCACUCUAUUUGCACACCAACAUCUUUGAGUCGCGUGACUUCCAAUGCUCCAUCCUUCUUCUUCUUCCAUUCCUGUUGUUACUUCCUGUUGGUACUACUCCAUUUACUUCUUGCUCCAUUUGCUUUCCGUUUUUCCUCUUCUGACCGUGCGAUUUCUUCUUCCUUCACGUCCCCCUUCUUAUACUACUUAUAUUGUUCGUAUAAGUAGCACACACCACACUACCCGACUAUAUUGGACAGUUAGUUGUAUGUAUGUAUGUAUAUUUUCUCUGCUUGUGUUCUUGUCUCUUCUUGAUCAAUAUGUUGUAUAAAUCAUUUGAUUAUUUCUGUAUUUAUAAAUGUGUUUUUUUUUUCGUUGGAUAGAUGAUGCCUUUGUUUAAAUGAUGAUGACUGAGUUGACACUAUCCUCAUUUGGAUUCGGGUACUUGAAUGAUGUGUACUGUACUGUUU